AUGUGGUUAUUGUGGAACUCGUGGCAAGAGCUACUCUUACUACGCAUCAACAUCAUCGCUGAGCCCAGGAUUUUACCAGAUUCUGUUGGACAGAUGUUGGAGGCGCUCAGUAUCCGUCUUGACUCUAGCCAGUUCAAACCGUCUAGAGAUCAGCGGCAAACCAUCAACAGGUUCAACAAGUUUGUUGUGGGGGAUUCUUACGUCAAGGAAGCUUCCCGACUGUACCCCAAAUCGCGUGACGAAGCCAAGAAACGUGACAACCACUUUAACCUUGUUGAAAGAAUCCACGAGGCUGAGGAUGCGAGCGUAAAGAACCCACCUGAGCCUGCACACAAACUCGUUGUGACUUUGGAACAUGACGACUUCACUGAGGAGAAGUUUGCUGUUUAUGAGAACUACCAGCGGGUAGUACAUAAGGAUGUGCCAAGUGAAAUAAGCAAGAGCGGGUUCAGACGUUUUCUUUGCAGCUCGCCUUUGAGAAGGGAAACAAUGGUAGCACCAGAUGGACAUGAACGACGACUGGGUUCUUAUCAUCACUGUUACAGGCUGGAUGGUAAGCUGGUUGCCAUCGGUGUUCUCGAUCUUUUACCAGACUGUGUAAGCUCAGUCUAUUUCCUUUACCACGAGAGCAUACACAGGCAUGCACCAGGGAAACUCGGCGCUUUGUAUGAGAUCGCUUUGGCCGUUGAAGAAGGCUAUGGCUGGUGGUAUCCCGGUUUUUAUAUACACAGCUGUCCCAAGAUGCGAUACAAGAUCGAUUACUCACCACAGUUUGUCCUUGACCCAGACUCAUUGGCUUGGGACCCGUUGGAUCGAGAGAUGCUAGAUCUCCUCGACAAAAAGACGUUCGUAAGCCUCUCGCUUGAGAAGAAGCAGGCUACUAAGGAGGACAUGUCUGCACCCAAAGCUCCCAGUGAGCAGGUGAAGAUGGGCAACGGUUCUGAAUCCAAAGGCUCCGACUCUUCGCUAUCUAGUGACGAAGAAGACAGUGGUUGGCUUUUCACCUCUGGGAUGCCUGGCAUACCUCCGAUAUCCUCGGCAGCUACUUGGGACAUGGACCAUAUCGCCCUAAAGAUUGCUCCCACUGGCCCGUUAUAUGAGACAUCCGAUCUUGUCAGUUGGGACGAACGCGGCGUUCAAGAGCAACCAGGACUGAAGGCGACAGUGGCAGAACUCGUUGCUGCAACUGGCCCGGACUUGAUGGAUCGGAUUUGUCUAGACUUUGCUCCACGACGAUAG